AUGGCGCAGCACGUCCUUGCCGGCAAGAACGCCCUCGUUACUGGCGGAGCAAGCGGUUUAGGCAAGGCAAUUGCGACAAAGUAUCUCGAAGCCGGAGCAACAGUCAUCAUCUGCGAUAUCAACAAAGAGCGCAUAACGCAGACCAUGUCGGAACUGUCUGCCAAGGGGACAAUCAAAGGUUACGUUUAUGACAUUUCCAACCAUGAGGAAGUGGACCAACUGUUUAUCAAGAUCUCGGCUGAGUUCGGAACGCUCCAUAUCCUGGUGAGCAAUGCCGGGAUUAUGGACCGGUUUGACCCCGCUGGAGACCUCGAUCCUGCACUUUGGGACCGAGUCAUCGCGGUCAAUCUCACUGCGCCCUUUCUAGUCAGUAGGAAGGCGAUUCAACUGUUUCUGGCUCAGGAGGAGCCGGAUGGGUACAUCUUGAACAUCGCGUCCAUGGCAGGCAAGGUUGGAUUGGCUGCAGGUGCGGCAUACACAGCCAGCAAGCACGGACUCGUCGGCCUGACCAAGAACACUUCCUCCUUCUACGCAGACAAGGGUAUUCGCUGCAACGCGUUUAUGAUGGGCGCGAUGAACACAAAUGUCACCGAUGCUUUCCGCAGCGGCAUCAACACAGACGGAUAUCAGAAGACGAGAGAUGUCAUGCAAGCUCUGCGGGUUCCCCUUUGUGGUCUUGAUGAUGUUGCCGAUCUCGCCUUGGAGUUAUCGCAUGGCGCAAGGUCAAAGCUACUUAAUGGGGCCCUGAUACAUGUCGACAAUGGGUGGGGGAGCAUGAUGGGCUGA